AUCACCGUCACACUGGAAAACCAUUGUACUUUUUGCGAACGCGCAGGUACUACAUUACGUACUUUAUCAAAACACAGUGACGCCAAAAAUUUUUUCAAAACUCAAAAAGCAUACUUCCGCAUACAUUGCGCAAUAUGACGCAGUUUUAAUUUAUAAACCAGUUAAGACUUGCAAUGAUUCUAAAACCACCUGUCUGACAAUCAGAACAAUAGAACCGGGACAGACGAGAUAAAUAUGAAUAAGUAUUGUUGAAUGUUUACAAUUUUGUUAGUGCGAGAGCUGAAAUCGAUGAGUGCGCUCGGUCGACGCAUGGAAACUCUGGUGUUCGUCGGCAACGUGUAAUCAACGAUUUGUUAGUCAAUUUGUUCGACAACUGUCAACUCCAAAAUGGAAGACCUCGAGCGCAAAAACCGAACCCGACCCGUCAAGAAAAUCCACCCAAAAGCGAGAGCUAAUCUUCUAUCAACUUUAUUCUUUUGCUGGGCGCUACCCUUUUUCCGAAAAGGACUUAAAAAAGAUCUCGGUGACGACGACCUCUACGGGCCUUUAAAAUCGCACGAGUCCCGAAUACUAGGAGACCGGAUGAAAAAGGCCUGGGAGAAUGAGGAAAACCAGCACCGAAUCCCGUCCCUACGAAGAAUAAUAGUCAAAGUGUUCUACCGCGAAAUCAUAUUCUAUUCGUUUUUCCUGUUGAUUCAAGAACUGGUACUAAAACUAGGGCAACCUUUACUCGUCGGUAAAUUGUUGGAAUACUACACACCCAACGGUAUAUCGAAAAACGAAGCCUACAUGUACGCUGCCGGAAUAAUCCUGUUUUCUUUCUUAAACGUGAUGAUAGUACACGGGAGUUAUUUCGGUCUUGAACAUCUCUCAAUCAAGAUGCAGAUAGCUUGCCGGUCCUUGAUAUACCGGAAGGCCCUAAAACUGAGCAAAACCGCGAUGAUGGAAAGCACUGUAGGCCAAAUGGUGAAUUUAAUAUCAACCGACGUCAGCAGGUUCCACUAUAUCUGUCUACACUUGUACCAAAUUUUCGUGACUCCGAUACAGACGAUGAUCGCUUUGUACUUGCUUUUUGCGACUGUGGAUGCUACGGCCAUGGUCGGCGUCGGACUACUGAUGCUAUUCAUUCCGAUUUUGUUCUACCUCGGAAAAUUGACGGCCCGGUAUAGAUACAGGACAGCGCUUAAGUCGGACUACAGGAUUCGCCUAAUGAACGAGAUCAUUUCGGGGAUACAAGUAAUCAAAAUGUACACUUGGGAGAAACCGUUCGCCAAAUUAAUAGAACUAGCGCGAAAGUUAGAAAUCCACGAAAUCAAAGCCAACGCGUACCUUCGGGCUAUCUACAUGUCCACGUCUAUGUACAUCGUCCCUACUUCUAUUUUCCUGUGUGUUCUAACCUACGUGAGCACUGGUCACGUGUUACAAGCCCACUACGUCUACGUAGCCACUUCCUUCUACGGAACCCUCCGACAACCCUUAACCCUUCAUCUACCCCGAUGCGUCGCCAUGUUAGCCGAAAUCGGUGUAUCCCUCAAACGAAUCCAAUCCUUCCUCCUCAACGACGAAGUCGACAGUCACGACCCAUCAACCAUUCCAACCCCAGAAGUGGGAAUUAGUUUACAAGGAGUGGACGUCCAGUGGGACAAAUCGUCGUCAGACUUGAACUUAAGCGGGAUUGACUUUUGCGUUGGACCCAAUCAACUGGUUGCAGUUGUGGGUCGGGUGGGUAGCGGCAAGACCACUCUCAUCCAGACCAUUCUCAAAGAAGCGUCCCUAUCCUCCGGGACGCUCCAAGUCAAAGGCAAAAUGUCCUACGCUUCCCAAGAACCCUGGCUUUUUGCCUCCAGUAUCAAACAAAAUAUACUUUUCGGCGAAGACAUGGACCUCGAAAGGUACAAAAAAGUAGUUCGGGUGUGUGCGUUGGAAAAGGAUUUUAUGUCGUUCCCGUACGGGGAUCGUACCAUUGUGGGAGAAAAAGGAAUAAUGUUGAGCGGCGGCCAAAAAGCUAGAGUGGGUCUAGCCCGGGCUAUUUACAAACAAGCCGAUAUUUAUCUCCUCGAUGACCCUUUAUCAGCGGUAGACGUCCAAGUCGGUAAGCAAAUCUUCGAAGGUUGCAUCACAGGUUAUCUCAAGGAUAAGUGUGUCGUUCUGGUGACUCACCAGAUUCAGUACCUGAGUAACGUAGACAAAAUCUACGUCCUCGAAAACGGUACUAUCAGUGCGAGCGGUACGUAUGCGGAAUUAAAGAAGGUCGAAGGCGACUUUAUCAAACUAUUGCAUGAGGUCGAAAAUGAGGUUUUAGAGGAAGAAGACACCAGUGAAACGUCACCAGUUAAACGAAAGUCGAUAGGUUUCGAGGAAAAAACUGACUUGCCUAAGGAAGUCAAAGAGCAAAGAGGUGUCGGAACUAUCUCGAAAAAAGUCUAUCUGCAUUACUUCCGGAUGGGAGGUAGUUAUUUGUUUCCUUUAUUCGUGUUUACUACAUUUCUGUUAACCCAGAUUUGUGCAAGUGGAGUUGACUAUUUUCUUAGUUUUUGGGUAAAUCUUGAACAGAAGCGGUUGGAAGACCAACAAACGGUUAAUGACACAGAGAGUUACAGAGUCGAGUUCGAGGAAAGUUUUUUCACUUCUGAUAAUCUUUUGUGUCUGUAUGGGUCGCUAAUCGCUCUUUUGAUUUUCUUGGUUUUGUUGCGAUCAGUGUGUUUUGUUAAGUAUUCGAUGAUGGUGGCAAAGCGUCUGCACGAUUAUAUGUUUGAUAAGACCGUACACACAACGAUGAGGUUCUUCAACACGAAUCCUUCGGGAAGAAUCCUCAAUCGGUUUGCUAGAGAUAUGAACAUUGUAGAUGAGACGCUGCCAACAUCGAUGACGGAUUCAGUACAAGUCUUUCUGCACGUACUUGCCAUAACUUUCAUUAUCUCGCUGGUCAACCUGUGGAUAAUACUGCCAACGAUUGUCAUUUUCGUGAUUUUUUACGGCUAUAAAUUCGUCUUCGUGUCGACGAGUAGAGACCUGAAACGCAUAGAAAGUACCGCCCGAAGUCCAUUGUUCUCGCACCUCACUGCAUCUCUGCAAGGUCUGUCAACCAUAAGAGCCUUCGGAGCCCAAAAGGUCCUCCAACUGGAGUUCGACCAUAUACAAGACCACCACAGUUCGGCGUACUUCAUGUUCAUGUCUUGUAGCCGAACCUUCGGGUUCUGGUUGGACGUCAACUGUGUCAUUUACAUUGGACUCGUGAUCCUCAGUUUCCUCUUCAUCGGUACCGAAACUUACGGUGGUAAUGUUGGCUUAGCCAUCACACAGUCCAUCGCUUUGACCGGAACGUUGCAACGCGGCAUCCGACAAUGGAGCGAACUCGAAAACCACAUGACUUCAGUUGAACGGGUCGUCGAAUACACAGAACUCUCCCCCGAGCCCGACCUAGGCAAAACUACCCCACCCAAAAACUGGCCACAGCAAGGCAAAAUCGACUUUAUCAAAGUAUCAAUGAAGUAUUCCGUCGAUAGUCCUUACGUCCUCCGCACCUUAUCCUGGACAGUCGCACCCAAAGAAAAAAUCGGUAUCGUGGGUCGUACCGGUGCCGGAAAGUCGUCUCUAAUUUCAGCUUUGUUCCGUCUCGCGUUGGUUGAAGGUACUAUCAAAAUCGACGACAUUGACACCAAAUCACUCCCUUUAACCAAUCUGCGUUCAAUAAUGUCGAUCAUUCCUCAAGAACCGGUACUAUUUUCCGGCUUACUACGAAAAAAUCUUGACCCUUUUGACGAAUACAGCGACGAGGAGCUGUGGAAUGGGCUAGAAGAAGUUGAAUUGAAGCAACUGGUGUCUGAUUUACCUGCUGGGUUGUCGACGAAGUUGGCAGAGGGAGGAUCGAAUUUUAGUGUCGGGGAAAGACAGCUGUUGUGUCUGGCAAGAGCAAUCGUUCGUAAAAAUAAUAUAUUGAUUCUAGAUGAAGCUACGGCGAAUGUAGAUCUCCAGACUGAUGAGUUGAUUCAGAAAACUAUUCGGAGGAAGUUUGGCGAUUGCACUGUGCUGACUAUUGCGCAUAGGUUGCAGACGAUUAUGGAUUCUGAUAAGGUGCUGGUGAUGGAUGGGGGGUGCGCGGUGGAGUUUGAUCACCCGCAUGUGCUUUUGCAAAACACAGAAGGGUUGUUUUAUUCGCUGGUAAACGAAACGGGGGCGGCUAUGGCCGAAAAUUUGAAAACGACAGCGGCUCAGAAUUUUCACAACGGACAAGGACCAUAUGCCGCUGGUGCCCCACAACUUUUUUUAAACCACAGAAGUGAUAGGGAAUGAAAACGUUACUGAACUACGAAGAUGAUAAGGGAAAUAUUUCAAAGAACUGUUAACGUGAUUUACAAUCAUUAAAUAUUUUAUAUAUCUUUGGAAAAUAAACUUUUUAUGUGCGCA